AUGACUGACGAGCAGCGGCCAAAUAAAGUCUUUCUCAAAGAAGUUGAUCAGUCGUCUAAGCUGCGUGAAGAUGUGCGUGAGCUACAUUUUAGCAACCGCGAUCUUUUGCUCCGAAAACGUCACGCGCAGAUCAGCUCCAACAUUCGCGAAUUGGAUAUGCAGUCAGUCAUUGUACAGUAUCAAGAACACAACCAAUCUCUUCAGCGCGACAAUGCUGAUGCCCUCGCCUCCUUGGAUCAGAACCACCGUCAAGAAGUGGUGGACCUCCAGAGCCAAAUUCGACAUGCCAACACUCAGUCACCCACAUCCGCACCUGCCUGGCGGCACCUCGUGGGCAAAAAACCUGUCGCCACAUGUACCAACAUCAUUGGGUUUGCACCCAUUCCUGACGUCAGCUCAGAAUCUGACGCAGACAAGGAACCUCAGACGACCGGUAAUGGACGGCCCCUGACAUCACUCCUAGGAGACGUGCCGAUUGUGCAUGCGACUGUUGGUAUGCUUGCUGAGGCGCUCGUGAAGGUUCUUCAGAUUCCACAAACAACAUCUCCCCGAGGACCUCGCUCAGGACGCAAACCGCUUAAGCCUCCCGUCGAAAAUUUUACUAAUAACCAGCGCCGAGAUAACAAGGCAAAUAUUCGGGAGUUGUUCAAAACCGCAUUCCACGCCACAAAAGAUGAAGAGUAUAUGCUUCAUGUCCCAGCGUCGUGCGAAGCUAUACUGUCUUUUGCAGAUGAAAUGGGCCCAGGCCCUGACCCGCUUGCACUGCAAUGGGAUAUGGCGACCACACACAAGUCCGAAUGGAACCAAAAAGUCAUCGAUUUCCUCUGCUCCCAGUAUGCGACUUUGCAAGAGAGCAAUGGAUGGGCUGGACGAUCUACUGAAUCAAUCAGAGAUGAUAUCGAACUGAAAUUCGGUCAAUGCCGCAAGUGUUGGAGGAAAGCUCAGCCUCUCAGCCUCGGUGACGGUACUCGCAAGACCAUGCAACAAGUGGGAGAUCGACUCGUGGAUCAGACGAAUGAGCGACUGCGGCUCGCUAGGGUUCUCACUCGCAGGACGACGAAGUUCGAAACUCGCAAAAAAGUCACAUUGACUGCUACUUAG